AUGCUGAUUUACCCACAAGAGAGGGGAGAGCUGAAAGAGAUGAUGUUUGUCGAUAAAGAGGCAUUGAUACUAGAACUCCUCCUCACAGCUCAAAAACUGGAUGAGUUCAUUCUAAACUCAAAUUGCUACAAGUGCGCACAUCUAUUGAUGCAACAAGAAGUGCGUCGCAGACGAAGCGCUUCGAGAUCCAAAAUCGUGUACAAGCCGGAAAAUUCUCCAUCGCAUUUUAAGCGACCUGCCUAUUACCUCAAACAGCUGAGGGACAACGGCGACUUUAGGCUUUGCGAUAUCGAACUUGUAACAGAUAAUGGAUGUGAAAAUGUGCACUCAGCUAUAGCUGCUGCACAUUGCACCAAGAUUGCGAAGGUGAAUUCCAAUGUAAGACAGCUAGACAGCUAGCU